GAUUGAAUAAGGGUCGAAGGUGGCAUUAGAAGUAAUGGCUGACUCCUUCCUGAUGAAAUGCUGACAAUCCGGUCCCACGAGUUCCCGACGAUGAUACUUUUCAUAAAAACACAUUUUUUUCUUGUCUUUUACUGACUAUGAUGGAGUACAGAGCUGUGUUGGAAUUUGCAACAUUCACCAGGGUCGCCUCGUUGUUUUUGCAGGCUCUCUUCAACGCUGCCAUUCCUGACCACGAUGCUGAUGCGUUCAGGCCCCCACGAACAGAAAUGCCUCUGUACUUGGACUCUGCUGUGGAGUGGUUAUUUGGUGGUCUCAGCCACUGGGACGCCGAGCAUUUCCUCCUCAUCGCUGAGAGAGGAUACCUCUACGAGCACAACUUUGCUUUUUUCCCCCUUUUCCCGAUCAUCCUGCGAGGCCUGGCUGACACGCUGCUAUGGCCCCUUGGCAGCUGGUUGAGUGUGCGAGGCCGUUUGCUAGUGUCGGUUGCUCUUGUGAACAGUACACUCUUCCUGCUGAGUGUGGUGGCCUUGCAUGCGCUCAGUCGGGUGGUUAUGCAGGACAGGCGGCUUGCCCUGCUUUCCACCUUGCUCUACUGCAUCACCCCUGCCAAUGUUUUCAUGACCGCUGGCUAUGCAGAGAGUCUUUUUGCCGCACUCACAUUUGGGGGUCUGUUCCUCCUGGAAAAAGGGUUCAUCCUUAGAGCCUGCCUGGCAUUCAGUAUAGCCUCAGCGGCGCGAUCCAACGGGCUGGUUAAUAUCGGCUUUCUAUUGUAUCUUCCAUCGGUAUAUGCCAUCUCCCAGAUCCGUUUAUACCGGUCGAUUGCAACAGGCCACAGGAAGAUCUUCUCCUACAUCGGGGUCAUCCUUCGCCUCCUGCUCACCUCUCUUUUAGGAACAACAGUCAUUGCCCUUCCCUUCUGCGCUUUUCAGUAUUACGGCUAUAGAACAUUUUGUACACCGACAGCCUCCUUAGACCGCAUCCCCCCGGCUCUUAUCUCCUUGGCUGAGCAGAAGGGCUACCGUAUUGCAGAUGAAAAUAGUCCACCACCUCUCUGGUGCAUGAGACCGCUCCCCAUAAUUUAUUCCCACAUCCAGGUGGUGUAUUGGAACAUGGGCUUCCUCCGUUACUUUGAACUUAGACAAAUACCGAAUUUUCUUCUUGCUUUACCCAUGGCAACUUUGGGUGUAAUGGCAGCUUAUGCUUAUUUCCAAGCAAACCCACAGCUGUGUUUCAGACUUGGACUUUGUGAGGCUGAUUCGAAGAAGGGCCUCGACAAACCAAUACCGGGAUUUUUAAACCCCAGAGUUUUUGUAUAUGUUGUGCACUCCACUGUUCUCCUGGUGUUUGGAACAUUGUGUAUGCAUGUGCAGGUCCUAACCCGAUUCAUGGCCACCUCGUCUCCCGUGCCCUUCUGGAUCAGCGCUCAUCUGCUGCUCCUCAACGAGCCACUUCUUCACCGAAGGAAAACAUCGACGCCCAACGUUCAGCUGAAGACUCCUGCCAAAAACGGAUGCAAGCACACGUUUCAAAACCCCGUCAUUGCACUGAUUCCGCACAUCAAAAUGUGCUCUCCCACCACAAAAAGCAUUCUGGGCUACUUCCUUUCGUAUUGGGUGCUGGGACUGGCAAUGCAUUGUAACUAUUUACCGUGGACUUGACUUGUCAUAUUAGUCUACGAGACUACUGUUUUUAAUAAUGCACUGUUUCUUAAUAUAACCGAGAACAUUACAAGUGACUGUCAUGAAAAUGACAAAAGCCAAACAGCAUGACAAAUGUUGUGCCUCAUUUUGGUUCUAGAAAGAACUUUCAGUUGAUGUGUUUAUGUAAAAGUUACAAUGAAUGGGCGAUUGACUGAAUUACCUGGAGAAAAUUAAAUUAAUCAAUUUAUAGAUUGUUAUUUUUAAAUAUUUUUAGUAGAAUGGGAGAAUCUGUGAAUGUUGUGAGUUCCUGUUUCCAUGCUGGUGUUGUUUUGAUGAGAAUAAUGUCGUAGCUCAUGACAUAAUGUACUUCUUUACGUCUGAAACUAUACAUACUAUAUUACUAUUUAUCAAUUAUAAAUUCCACACAAUCUACCAGAUUCUAAAUGAUCAAUUAUGCCCAUCCUAAGCACUGAGUCAUUUUUGUCUCUUCUUCAGUGUAGUUCCUUUAUAGCACAGGUGUCAAAGUCAAGGCCCGGGGACC